CUAAAAUAUUCGAGCUGGAUAUUCUUCUGUUUUCACAUCUGUCUACAGUACCAUCAAAGCAGACAGUAAAUGAGAUCGCGCUUGAACAAAGAUCCUUCAACAUUUAUUUAAUCAACAAAACAGACACCCUUAACAUCAUGCAGGCAGAUGGACAGAAGGGCGUCGAUGGAGGUCUGCUGCCUGAUGCCAACGGGCGGGACGGGGACCCCAGCGGGCAGAAGGAGAGCAACGGGAAGUGGCAGAAGCCGCGCAUCUCCCGCAAGUCCCUCAUGAAAUGCUGUCUGGUCAAAUGGAUCAUCGCCAGUGCGGCGCCCCAGGGCUCAAGUAAAAACCCAGAAAAUGUUUUGAACGCUAUGUGCUAGCCAUGAUCCAGAUGGAGGAGUGGAGGGAACAAAUUAGUAAGAAGAGGUUUAAAAUAGCAUUCUUAAAAUUGUAUACAGGCCUUUAAGAAAUAUACAGUAUAGUACUUGCUUCUUGUAUGACACGACCACAGGUAAAUGUUCAUGCCCCAUUUAUGUGCACUUAGCUCAUAUAUAGCAUCAUUCAAAUCAAAACAUUACUUGAAAAUAGCAUAUGUACCACUCCAGGUUUCCCAUUUCACGCUCCCUUUGGUGAACAAAAUGCCGCUUAGAGCGAUGUUGAACUGAGAAAAAAACAGGCUUUUUUUCAAAACCCACUCCUUGCUUCAUUCAAAAUUCCACGUUAGUUUCCAGUUGUGCUGUUAACACAUGUAAGUGAUACAAACCGUGAAAUGUCCCCAAGCUGUUACAUUCUAUAUCAGCACUCUUGGACCAGUCGAAUUACACUAAAUCAGUAUACUGUAUGUGAAUUUUAUUUGUCAAGCAACAUUCUAAGAGCAGUGAUAUAGAAGUCCAACAUUGUUUUUCACUGUAUUUUUCACUCAUCCUUUAUUAAAUUUUAUGCAAAGACUUUCUUGUUGCCUUUUUCCCUAUCACGUUUUAGAUAUAAGAAAUUAUAUAUCAGUUGAAAACUUAAAAUCUCAAAAUUCAUAUUUUGAAAGGCAUUUUAAAAUCAGACAUUGCAUUUCCAUUGAAAAUGUACAUUAAAAUCAUAUUACAUAAUGCAUUUGUUCGUGAAUUAUUAAAAUUUAAGUUUGAAUAGUGCAUUUUCACAUCUAUGUUCAAAUUGGGAGUGACAGUUAAUGGGUUAAACCAAAUUAAUUCUGCUAUGAUUGUCAUAGACAAAAUGACAAAACCUGCACACAUUAUGCGUUAUGUUGUUUUCUAAAAAAAAAAAAAAAAAAAAAGAAA